CACUGCUUUUUGUAAAUGGUUGUAUGCUUACACUUUGUUCUCGCUGACCUUUUGUCAUCUCUUGCAAAUCUUAGUUUUUCUUGAAAUCAGUUAUAUACCAGUAAGAAUGGCAGAAAAAGGAUUCGAUGUUCAGGGAUUGGCAGCCAGAGAUGAAUCUGGUGUUCUUUCGCCUUUUAACUUUACUCGCAGGAAGACUGAACCCAAUGACGUAACGUUCAAAAUUGCUUUCUGUGGGAUCUGUCAUUCGGAUUUGCACAAACUCCGCAACGAAUGGCAUAACACCCUAUACCCAGUUGUCCCAGGGCAUGAAAUCGUUGGGACUGUGAUUGAAGUGGGAACACAAGUAAAGAAAUUUGGCGUGGGGGACCGUGUUGGAGUGGGGUGCCUGGUACGCAGCUGCCAUAACUGUGACAGCUGUGAAAAAGGGGUAGAGCAAUACUGUGACAAAUAUGUCUUGACCUACAACGGUAUAGAUGUCGAUGGCUCUAUCACCUAUGGAGGCUACUCAUCUUUAAUGGUCUGUGACCAGAAGUUUGUAAUUAAAGUGCCCGAGAGCCUGCCAUUUGAUGCGGCUGCCCCAUUGUUAUGCGCUGGAAUAACUGUUUACAGCCCCAUGAAGUAUUUUGGAAUGACAGAGAAAGGAAGUCGGUUAGGCGUAGUGGGGCUUGGUGGUCUUGGUCAUAUGGCGGUUAAAUUUGGCAAAGCAUUUGGUCUGCAUGUGACCGUCAUCAGUACAUCCCCAAACAAAGAAAAAGAAGCCAAAGAGGUUUUGGGGGCUGAUGAUUUCCUUAUCAGCAAAGAUGCGAAACAGAUGAAGGACGCAGCUAAAUCGCUGGAUUAUAUAAUUGAUACUGUCUCAGCCGAUCAUCCCCUGCCGCCAUUGCUCAAUUUGCUCAAAGUCAAUGGAAAGCUUGUUGUAGUUGGCGUUCCUGAUAAACCUCUACAAUUUCCUGCUCCCAGUGUUAUAUUUGGGCGGAGAUUAGUUGCAGGUAGCUUAAUUGGUGGAAUUAAGGAAACGCAGGAGAUGAUGGACUUCUGUGCAGAGCACAACAUUUCAUGCAGCAUAGAAAAGAUAUCUAUUGAUUAUGUCAACACAGCAAUGGAAAGGCUGGAGAAGGGAGAUGUUAAAUAUCGAUUUGUUAUUGACAAUACUGAGAGUUUUAAGGUUUAAACCAUAAGAAGAUUCCAUUUAGUUUUUGAAGUAAUCGGAUUUAGUCCGAGAAGAUUCGAUUUAAAAAAACAUUAAAAAAUGUUGAGAAAGAGACUUAAUCCCGAUCCCCUAAAAAAAAAAAAACCAAGUGUAAGAGUUUUUUGUUUUAAAUAAUUGGGAUUUAUGUUGUUAAUUUAAAUAGAAAUAUAUUUACAAUGUUAACAAUUUAUUAA